AUGACAGCAAGAGAACGGAGCAUCAUAAUGCGGUACAUAAUACCAGCCACUUUACUACUUUGUAGUAUAAUAGGAAUUAACGAAGCUCUACGGAUAUUAGUAUGUUUCCCUAUGAGUUCGAAGAGCCACAGCAUACUGGGUCAUGGAGUUGUAGAUCGGUUGCUGGAAGCUAAUCAUGAGGUAGUACACAUAACAUCAUUUCCAAAAGAAAAACCAGUACCUAAUUUGACAGAAAUCAACGUGUCUUCUAUAGGAGAUUUUUUUAAUAAAGAGGCUGAAAAAAGUGAGAUGCUUAAAUUAAAAAAUAUUAUCGGCAAAGGCAACUUAGGCGACACGUUUUUUUUAAUGUAUUUUGCAUAUACACUACACAAGGGUUUUCUUGAAGAACCUAAUGUAGUCAAAUUACUCAGUGAUCCAAAGGAGAAAUUUGAUGCUGUUGUGAUGGAAUGGUUUUUCUCUGAAUUAAAUGUUGGGAUUCCUCAUCUGUUUGAAGCACCAAUGAUCUGGGUUGCUUCAACUGAACCACAUUGGCAAACCCUGAGGUUAGUUGACGAGAUCCCGAAUCCUGCUUACAACGUAGAUUUGUUCAUUCCGCGCAGUGCUCCCUUUAGUUUUUGGGAACGAGUUGAUCAACUUUGGAGAAUCGUGAAAAAGUUUGUCGUAUUAAAAUUGAUCCAAGAACCUGCCGAAUGGUGGGUAUACAAUUCCAUAUAUCCUGAAAUUGCAGCAUAA